CCAAUUCCUGCUCCCUUGACCUCAGCAAGAGCCUCAGUUGGUGCCCAUCUGUUGAUACCAGCCCAUUUCUUUUACAGCAGGGAUGGCCUGGCUGAGGUCAACUGUCAGACCAUGAAUGGCGUAGCCUUAACGACACUGAUCUGAGCAAGGCAGUGAGUACGCCUGAGCACAGCUCCUGGAUCCGGGACUGGGGCAGAUUCAUUGGGCCUCCAGUGGAGGAGCCUGCAGGCAGCACCCUUUGCCCACCAGACUGCACAGAGCAUUGAUCCAGCCCAGGGAGCAGGCCCAGGUGGAUGUGCUGUUGCUGCUACAUCAGGAACAUCCUCCAUCCCUCCUCCUCACUUCCUUCCCAGAUGGACCUGCUGAGGUCCUUCUGCAUGGAGCCCGUGGAGGUGUGGCUGCUUGAGUAUCAGGCUUCUCAACUGGACAACUGUGAUGGGCGCACCGUUCACUUGGCUGGGAGGACUCCUCAACAUGAUGCCCACCUGGGGGAAGACAGUGGUCACCAGGACAGCUCUACACCUGGGACGUGCAGAAUCACACCUUGCCUGGAAGACUGCUUGGACCCACAGCCAGUUCCAUGCAGGGGCUGGAGGCCACUCUCAAGCUGCCAGGCUGUGUGGAAGAAGCAGAAAUGCUCGAGCAGUGCCACUCAUGGUACUCGGAGGGAGGUUGUCCAUGGUGAGUUCGCAUUAUUUAAUGAUGCCCAGUACACGACCGACCUCUUUUUGGGGGACUUCCUGGAGGAGGCCAGCUUUGGAGAAGAGGCACUGACACCGGUGGCUGCUGCUAUCCUGGAGACCCCCCAGAACUCCCAGUCCACAUGGGACCUCAAGGAUGCAGAGAACCCCCAAAUGCCAGGGCUGAGCGGGACCCCCGAGUUCAUUCCCCCUUUCACAUCCUAUGAGAGGUAA